AUGCCUCGUCGACCUAACAAUCCUUUCACCAACAACUCCCCUUCUUCGCCGCCGUCCUUUUCGUCCGCGAACGAAAAGGGCGGCAUUCCUACUAACCAGGCACGGUCUUCCUCUGCGAAACCUAACCGAUUGAGCCAGCUCUUUUCAACUUCGCCCAAGGGUAGAAUAGAAGCCCAGACGGCUGCUCAAGCCGCGCUCAUUGCUGCAAGCGGAGGCUCCCUCAACAAUCCGAACACUCCUCAGAUUAGUUCGCCGUCGCUGUCCCUACCCACUAUCUCUCUUUCCACCGCAACUGCGGACAGUACCAACAUGGACGUGCCUCCAACCACUCUCUUUCAACCCCCAUCGGCGGGGGAAUCCCGUCGCCUAGCUAGGCAACACGCUCAAUUUGGCCCUAUCGGACACCCUAGUCACCGAUAUACCUCGAAGCACCAAGGGGGUGAAUUCCCUGAACCUAUUAUGGAUGAGCCGCCGUACUACUAUCUUUUUACCACCUACAUCAGUUACCUAAUCCUAAUAGCUUUUGGCCACGUGCGCGAUUUUUUUGGGAAACGAUUCAGAGAAGAAAACUAUAGACAUCUCAAACCUAGGAACGGAUACGGCGCGUUAAACAGUGAUUUUGACAACUUCUACAUCCGCCGCCUCAAGCUGCGUAUUAAUGAUUGUUUCGAGCGGCCGGUAACUGGGGUCCCUGGAAGAUAUAUCACGUUAAUCGAUCGGACCAGCGAUGACCACAAUCGCCACUUUCGCCUUACUGGCACUUACACCGACACUUUGAAUAUGAGCUCAUAUAACUACCUUGGUUUUGCACAAUCAGAGGGCCCCUGCGCCGACGCAGUUGAGGAAACUAUUAAACGAUACGGUAUCAGCUCCGUUGGCACCAGGGCGGAUGCCGGCACCCAGGACAUCCAUGUCGAAGCGGAAGACCUUGUUGCCAAUUUUGUGGGGAAGGAGGCUUCCAUGGUGUUUUCCAUGGGCUUCGGGACGAAUGCUAGUGUUUUUUCAGCUCUAGUUUCAAAGGGAUGCCUGAUCAUUUCCGAUGAAUUGAAUCACGCGUCAAUCCGUUUUGGUGCGCGUUUAUCGGGUGCGUCCAUCGAAAUCUUCAAACAUAACGAUGUGAAGGCGCUGGAGAAGAAAUUACGAGAGGUCAUUUCCCAAGGUCAGCCGCGUACGCAUCGCCCGUGGAAGAAGAUCCUCGUUGUUGUUGAAGGGCUUUAUUCCAUGGAGGGGACCAUGUGCAACCUUCCCGGCAUACUUGCGUUAAAGAAGAAAUACAAGUUCAACCUUUUUAUCGAUGAAGCGCACUCAAUUGGUGCAAUCGGACCUAGAGGAAGGGGUGUUUGCGAUUACUUUGGCGUCGAUACGAAAGAUUCAUUAUGA